GUUUCAUCAAAAACUUACUCAAUCACUUCUCUUCCUACAAAAUCACGCUUCCGCAGCCGUUGUUACUUGUUACUUCCACAAUGCUGGCGGUGUUCGGAAUGCGCGACAACGGCGAGAGAAUGAAGAGGAGGCCGGAGGGCGGCGACACGACGUCGUUGCAGCUGAAGAAGAGGAACCAGGAGCUGGAAGAUGAGCUGAGGGAGAGCAAUGAGAGGGAGGAGAAGAUGAGGAGCCAGCUGCAGGGGGCGCGUGAGAGGCUUCGAGUGGCGGAGGACGCGGAGGAGCGGCUCUGCUGCCAGCUAGGGGAGCUGGAAGCAGAGGUGGUUCUCCAUGCGCGUGAGUACCAUGCUCGUGUUGUCUCCCUCAUGGAUGAGCUCUCCCGAGCACACAGUCUCCUCAACUCAGUUUCACUUCCUUAGUCAUCAUGAAUGAAUCGAUCAUCAUUUACUUUUUAUUUCUUCUUCUUAUUUUCUCCCUUGGUUUUUUUUAGAAGCAUGAAAUUUCUGUGUGUUUUGCAUUUGUACAUGCCUAGUGUUUUAAUUAGGUGUACAAUGCAAUGAUUUGAAGGUUAAUGUUAGGUUCAAGUUCAAAGUUAAUCCUUAAUUAGAGUGAGAAGAGAGAAAUGUGAGGUAGGAUGAUCAAGAAGAGAUUGAUAAGAAAAAAGUAGAUAAAAGAAUAAGUGAGUGUGAAUGCAUGAGAGUUGCUCUUGUAACAUCUUAUUUCUAUUUUUUUUAUCUCUCUAUAAUUUCUAUCACAUAAUUUUUCAUA